AUGCAUGAAGAAUUCAUUAAUUUUAUCCGCUAUUACCUCGGCCCAACGACCGAAUACUUCUCUUGUUUAGGUUUUAUUAUCUAUGCUUUGGCCAUGUGCCGUAUUAUGACGUCCGUUUUAACGUUGGCUACACAAUCUUUGUUUUCACGGAAUUUGGGAUGGAUGAGCAGACUUACUUAUCUUGGUGAAUGGGCAGUUAUUACAGGAUCAACAGAUGGCAUUGGAAAAGCAUAUGCUGAAGAGUUGGCUGCUCUUGGCUUAAAGAUUAUCUUAAUCAGUCGGUCUCCUGAAAAAUUGGCUGCAGUUGCAAAAGAAAUAGAGGAAGCCCAUAAAGUUGAAGUACGAACCAUUGCUGUUGAUUUUUCAGAUAAUGAAUCUAUCUACAAUAAAAUAAAAAAUGAACUGAAAGGUCUUGACAUUUCAAUAUUAGUGAAUAAUGUUGGAAUGUCUUAUCCUCAUCCAGAAUAUUUUGUAGAAAUUCCCAACAGAACUGAGACUCUCAGUUCAUUGAUAAAAUUAAAUGUUGUUGCUAUGACAAUGAUGACCAGCAUUGUGCUGCCAGAUAUGGUCAAGAAAAACUGUGGGGUCAUUGUAAAUGUAUCAUCAGCUUCUGCAGCUGGACCAUGUCCCCUGCUGACUGCUUAUUCAGCCUGCAAGGCUUAUGUAAAGUACUUCUCUGAAGGAUUGUCAGCCGAAUAUAGUGAUAAGGGAGUUGUAAUACAGUGUUUGAUGCCUUUCUAUGUAACUACCAAGAUGAGCAAACUUCGGAAAUCUUCUGCCAUGGUGCCAACGCCAACUGCAUAUGUGAAAAGCUCUUUAUCAAGUCUUGGGAUUUCUUCUUGUAGCUUUGGUUACUGGUCGCAUAAUUUUCUGGGUUGGUUCACUAAAACACUGCCCAGGUUCUUUCUCACUUGCAAAAAAAGAAAAUAUAAUUCAGUUUUUCCUAACUUGAUGAAGGAAACUGGCUUUUCUUACUGGUUCAAAUAUUUUACGUGUCGCUUGUGGGGAGGAAUGGUUUUGAACUGGAUUUCAUUUAUGAUGCUGGUCACAUUGACUAUUUCUGUCUUGGCAUCAUCCUAA